CAGUCCGAAAUGCGCGGUCGUGAUGUGCAAACCGCGAGUUUAUUUUCGGUGAAAAUCCUACAUGGUGCGGGACAGCAGCCGAUCAGCUUAAAAAAAGCGUGUGCCUGUGUUGCGUGUGGAUUUUUCAAGGCCGCAGAGAAAGCUUUCCGGGGCCAUUGUAUCGUGUCGCGUUUUCGGAAUUUUGUCAAAACUCAGACUCACGCUCGCUGAUUCACCCGACGAUGAAGAGUCACGCGCCGCCACAGAGGCAGCGCCUGCCUGGUCACUGCUUCACUAGUCCAUGCCCUCUUGUGAGAUUAGUCAAAUCCAAAAAUAAUACCGCGCAACGCAUCGCGAUGCAAAUGAACACGGCAAUGUAAAUUAGACCUUUUAAGUUCUCCCGAAUUUAAGAUCCAGUGUCUGGUGUAACAGCAUUGUGCUAUCGAGCACAGAUAAUGCCUAUAGAAUUAUUAGGGAAAUAAAUACAAUUGAGAAAUACCGUACGAGCACAGCAAUCUCUUCGAGAGAACUAUAUUUAUUCAAUGCCUUGAAGAUUUCCAAUCGACCAACUAUUAAUAUGCUUCAUCGUGAAAAUAAAGAUGCUGACAGUUUAUAUAUAUGCAAUAUAUAUAGCAAGCUGUGAGACUUGUGAUUUGAGAUAUAAAAAUAAUGUCGCGUCAGCAUCUUUCAUAACAGCGAUUUGAUAGGUUGUUAAAUCGACAAGUAAUGAACGAGACGACGAACAAGUCACCUACAAUAGCUCAUAAUAAUUAUUUUGCUCAAUAUAAUUGUUAACGUAUUAUUGUGCUUCCAAGACGAACUAAAUCAACCGUACAUUCUCUGAGAAAUAUUCAUCGUUCUUACCCAUACUUUUCCAUUAGUUCAAAUAUUUCAGAUGCAGGCGUUGUUAAAAUACAGAAACGAAAGCUAUGCUGCGCACGGAAUCGCAUAUCACUUUCAAUCAAAAACAUUUCAACGUCGACUAUAGCCCUCAGGCAGCCGCACAAUGGUAUUUUUUUUCACGAAGCUGUGCAUUAAAAAAAUCGCGCAGCAUGUUAGCCCGUAUUUCUCUGUUUUGAUUUUGGGCCGGUGGCGCGCGGUGUGCAAAGUGGACUUGAAAAUAACCCCGUGAGGAGAGAUCACCCGAUCUAUUAAUAGUUAACCGACGUGAGUAUCUUUGUCGCCGGUUCGGCAUCGACUACGCGCGAUUCGGCCGCAAAAUCCGCCGAUACAGUCCACGCGCGUGCACGUGUGUCGUCGUCCGAAGACGUCGUCGUCGCGAUGCCAGCUGACACCUCCGUCCGCUGGUGAAGUCUCAGCAGUAGACGGAAUCUCGACGCAAAUGAAUUAGGAGCUGCCAGUUAAGUGCGAGAGAACGAAGCUCGGGAGUGAAGAAGAGGAAAGAGGGGGCGCCUACGGCAAACGUCCGUCUAUCCGACGGACAUGACCGUCGUCGCGAGACUCCCCGAUUGGGCCGUCGAGAUUUUUGGCGUUCGCGUAUAGCAGAAACUGGAAGGAACUUAAAACCGCGUUUCGAGUGAAUCUAAAUAAAGAACUAUGCAGCGCGACGGCUGAGGCGGGGCGCGGUGCCUCGGGAUACGUGAGAGAGUGAGUAAGAAUGGUACAGCAAGCCGCAUACAGCAACGAGACGAACGCAUCCCUCAAUGGCGUACAGAACGGCGACCGGAAAGGAGGAACGUCCGGUACCAUCGUCGCAACAGACGCGGUGGUAGCGCGUGGUGCUGUCGAUGGUGAUACGACUUCCCUGACACGCGGCAGUAGCAGUGGCAGUGGCGGUGGCAGUGGCGGAGGUAGCAGUGGCAGGUUCUCCUUGUUCAGGUGGUUCAAGCGAAAUCGCGAUUCAACCGUGGAGAAACGACGGCGAACGAGCGCGAGGCCGGACGACGAUGGCGUCGUCCGACGACGUAGCAGCAUCUACUCCAGCGUGGAAAGCGUAGACACCUUUUACAGCACCACCACGGUUCGCAGCUUCGCGUUUCACACGGGAACUUUGGACCGUUGCAACGUGCUAUCUCUGGAUAUACUUAAGCAAGCGGCCGAGGUUGGUCCGUUCGCCGCCGGAGCAUCAAAGGCGUAUCUAGGUAACAAAGAGAACAACGCCUUGCCGGCCGUCGCCUGCACGUUGCCGAUUAACGUACACUCCAGGAGACGAGACAUCACCACCAGAUACUCGCUGCAACCGGCGACGACCUUUAGCUCGUGCGGGAAUUUUCUAACGACUGAGAAGAACUUGCCGAGUUCGUCGAGAAGAUUCGAUGAGAGCGCGAGAGCCAGUUAUAAUGGGUCUGUACGACGACGGGUUCACGUGAAGGGAAAACGGAGAGCACCCAAUCCUCCCGACGCGAUCGUGAAGGUCGAUGUACGCGAAACGCCAUCGAGAAACAGCAAUAGACGCAAGCGACGGGCGCCGCGACCUCCUGAAAAAGCGACCGUGGAGCAGUCGAAACUUGUCACCGAUGGCGGCAGCAUGGAGAUAGAAGAGCGGAAGGAUGGCGACGAAGGGCAGUCAAUCAGUAACGAUACGCUAAUUCUUCAGGGCGGUAUGUUGCUGUCAAAGAAGGAAGUUUGCGGCAGUCCAAAGGCCGCGAAAAAGAAGACUAGCGACGCGGGAACGUCCAGUGUUCUUCAGGAAAGAGCCCAGAGUCCCAUUGGUACCCUAAACGCCAUGCCUCGACCUUGGUACAAACGCAGCGUCUUCGAUUCUCGCGACUCUGGAACAUCCAAAAGAGGCACCGUCUUCCGAGGUCCUACGACGUCUGCCGAAAUGAAGGACGAAUGCGUUGGAACAAAUAUAAAUUUUUCUCCGAGCUAUUCCAUUGAUGCUUCACUAUCAAGGUUUUUCCAUCGCGGUGAACGGCAGAGCGAUAGUAGAAAACGACAGGAAGCUAAACGGAAAUCCGGCUUAUCCAUCCUGACGAACAUCAGCGAGCUGGAUAAAGAAGCGGCGGCGAUCGUGCAGGAAGAGCAGGCGCGAGCACGGGCGUCGAUGUUGCUAAAGACUUCAAAAUUUGCUGAUGAGUUCGAAAGGAGGAAUGACGUCAACGAGGAACUCGUUCAAGACAUGGUCACGUCGGCGAUCGAGAACUCAUCACCUAGACGAGGCACGCGCGCGUUAAUCUCAAAGUUCAAUGCCAUCAGCAAUAUCACUAAAGUCACGGUCAACUCUAAUUUUUUUGCUAAAAAGGAUCAGCCAGAUUAUAAGCUUGAUCGUGAUGCAAUGAGAAACAGCAGGUUCGAACAGAUCGGAGAUUGGAGGAAUCAGAGAUUCUCGGUCCAACAAGAUCUCGGUCAAAGCGUCCGCGUUGAUAAAGAUAUCUCCAAGUACUUUUUGCCGCAGCAAAGAUCAUCGAGAAAUAGAAUUGAAUCAACGCAUGCGGACGUAAAAUCAGUAGAUAUCAAAAUUACCUCUAGCAAAGAGCAGAAUGAUCAGCUGAUGAAGGACGCAUCUAAUAGAAUAUCAAUAUUACAAAGUCAGCUCGCUGCGAAUCGCGCGAAUGAAUCUUUAACUACUCAGAAGGAUGUCAUAUUUCCGGAAGAAAAGAUUAGAUCGCGACAGGAAAUUGCUAAAGAAAUAAAAAGUAAAGACUCGCCGAGAUUAAACGAAACAAGAAAAAAAUUUCUACUUUCCCGUGCUCGUAACUUAACUGAAAAUACAGAAACCGCGUUAUUUCCCCUCAGAGAAAAGGCGGAGGGGGUGCAGAAAGAAUUUUCGGACAUUUUCGACGAGAUUGAUCGACAGCUGCGUUCUAGAGAGUUCAAACGCAUCGAACGGAGACCAGCAGCCGAAUCUGACAGUGUCAGAGACAAAGUUCCAGAAGAUGAAGGCGUAUCAAGUAAAGUGGCCAAAGUGCUCGAUAUCUUGGUGGAAGCCGAGAAGGAUGGUAAAACGAGAUCCGCGAUACAACCGGAAAGAUCGAUGCAAGACAAGGGAGUGUCGCAUUUGAUUGAUUCAGAUCGAAAGGCGAAGUCCAGCAAGACAAAAUUAACUCCUCUCAAUACCGUCGAGGACCCAAUUACUGCAGAUUUGAAGGAGAUGUUGAAGGAGAUGAAGCAUUCGUUACCGAAACGGCCCAAAUCGAAGAAGACUGUGUCAAACGAUGGCGACGUUCUCGAAAAGGCUGUGAAGCGUUCACCCGUACCUACAAACAAGACGUCCUACAUUGCCUCCGUCACGGCGACAAGAAUGGCAACAACGUCGUCGAACGAUUACGAGACAGAUAAGCAAAAGGUGUCCUCGUCAGCGCAAACCAGUGGAAAUAUCCGUAGAUUAAAUCAGCCUUCCACUUCCGCCGAGCAACCGUCUACAUCGGGAUGGAAACACGACAACGUGCUAUACAGAACUUCUGGCAAAGGUUCGGUCCUUGGAAAGAAUACUUUCCAACUGAUACGACCACGCGAUUUCGCCGAGAUAGAAGCUAUGAAGACCACGAAGGAGGUGUGCAAGGAAAACACUUAUGCCAAUGUGAUAGAAUCGUCACUGUACGCCAAUACUCACGUUCCACCCCUAUCGCCGAAACAACGAUCGGAUCCAACGACGUCUAAAGAUAUUUCGCAAAGUAGUCAUCCUGAAGAGCAGCCCAAUGUUGCAAAUGAGAGUAAAAUCAUAUUGAACGAUGAUGAGCUUACAAAUGAAGACGAUAAUUCAACAGCGAGGAACAUGAAUACUCUGGCCAUAAAUCGAUUACUAAGAAAGCUGGAAGCGGCCAUCGCGUCGGGUCAUCAUCAGCAAGCGGCGGGAUUAGCGAAGGAAUUGGCAAGGCUCAAAAUCCAUUGUUCCGUGAUACGACAGCGUUCGGCGGCGCGUUUGAAGGAUCAGUCGAUUAAAGUCAAUAUGUAUAUCGAAGACAAACUCGCUCACCAAGGACCCAUACCACUUCAGCUGCCGACGAGAAUGACGGUAGCCGAGCUGAAGACAAAGAUACAUACGGAGUUUGAGAUACCCACGAACGUGCAGCGAUGGAUCAUUGGGAAAAACUUGGCUGAUCACGACGGAGCUACUCUCGACGAGUUACACGCAGUGGAUGGUUUACCCGUGUUUCUUUAUCUCGUAGCACCUGAAUUGCACGUCGACAAUGCAGCGCAAACGAAUAAACCACAGCCAGUAGAGGAAGUUUCUGAGGAAUUACCACAAGAACCACCAAUGGAAGCCUUGCAAACAAUCGAAGAAAAGCAAGAAACUAAAGAGACAGAUGAAAUAAUACCGGCAGCAAACGAGAAUCAGCAAGAAACGGCGGAGACAGACAUGUCGGAAGACAUCAAGAUAGGACGAUACGAAGAACUGAUAUCGUUGGAGAACUGGGAUGUCAUUCCGAAUUCUGAGCCAAUCGAGUGUCCAAUAUGUUUCGUUACAUAUGGUCCACGCGAAGGUGUAAUUCUGAGGGAUUGUUUACACAUGUUCUGCAGACCGUGUAUUGCCAAUACAAUCGCGUACUGCGAAGAAGCGGAGGUAAAAUGCCCAUACAGAGAUCCCGACUAUACGUGUGAAUCGACUCUUCAAGAACGCGAGAUCAAGGCGCUCGUUGAGCCGGAAGUUUAUCAGCAGCACCUCGCGAAGUCGAUCGCACAAGCGGAGAACAAUGCCGGAAACAAGGCUUUUCACUGCAAGACACCAGACUGCCCUGGUUGGUGCAUUUACGACGAUGAUGUGAACAAUUUUUUGUGUCCUGUGUGCGAAGCUAAUAAUUGUCUUACCUGUCAGGUCGUUCACACUGGGAAGAAUUGCAAACAAUAUCAGCAAGAAUUACAGUUUUCAAAAGAAACCGAUCAGGAAUCUAAAAGAACAGCAGCAAUGCUCAAAGAGAUGGUAGAUAAAGGAGAGGCACUUACGUGUCCUACAUGUGCCGUCGUUCUUAUGAAGAAAUGGGGCUGCGACUGGCUAGUUUGCUCCAUGUGCAAAACGGAAAUAUGUUGGGUAACCAGAGGACCGCGUUGGGGGCCGGGAGGUAAAGGGGACACAUCCGGUGGCUGCAGAUGUGGUGAGAACGGAGUCAAGUGUCAUCCCCGUUGCAAUUACUGCCACUAAAGAACAUGACAACUGCCAUGAUAAUGGAUAACGCAAAGUUUACGGUGACAAUGAGAUGUCCUAGAAAUGCUUUUAUAUCGUUAAUUAAUACUGACACAAAUAAUUUACAGACCCGAUGCGACGUACGAAGAUCUUUUAUACGUGCGUUUAGUAUAAGCUUAGACCUCGAUAAAUCGGUAUGCAAUAGGAGUUGUAUGCUUGCUCAAUGAUUAUUAUCUUAUCGCGGCACCAUCCUCGAUAGGAUUGAAAGUGAGAUUCUAAUAAAAAGAGGAACACACCUAACUUUGUAUCAAUACUUCUUAUUUUUAUCUCAAAUACAAAGAGUGUAGGGAAAUAAAUCAUACUUUACUUAAAGCUUUCGAUAAAUCUAAGAUGUAUAAUAAAUUAUCGAUACAAGCAAUUUUUGUAAUUUAUACAGGCACCGAUUCUCCGUUCUCGCCGGAAGUUGUUUCAUCUGUACCGAUCUGUUUUAAUCGAGCGACUAACGUGGACUGAUGAUGCGUGAGCUGCUGAUUUAAGUUGUUACCGCCUGCGUUCUGUAGCAAUUGAACAAGAUGAACUCGCGAUGAUGUAAGAUCCAUUUUGCCGUAUCUCAAAAAGUCCUCCUUAUUCAAUACACGUCCUUCUAGUAUACCCGCU